UGUGGCAGAGGUUGCCCAGCAGUCACCAACCUUGGAGCUUUCCAAGCUGGAUAAAGCACCAAGCACUUGGUUUUGAGCUCCUGGCUGAACCUACUUUGAAAAGGGGGAGACUUUAUGAGGUGCAUUCUGACCCGAAUGAUUCUAUGAUCCAAAUCCAUGACUCUGUGAUCUUAAGGGAAGGACACUGCUCUUCAAGCAAGGGGAUGUGCCCCACUAGCAGUACAGUGCUGUGGAUACAAAUCCUUUAUCUGUGUAUAUUAUGCAGCCCAUCUGGAACAAAAUUAUUAAGAUAGUGCCUUUGUGGAUUGCUCCCAACCUGUUAACAUUCUCUGGAUUUGUCAUGAUAUUAUUUAAUUAUUUUCUAAUAUCUUUUUAUGACUGGGACUACACUGCUUCAGGUAGCAGUCCUGGACUUGUUCCCACCUGGGUGUGGCUCUUCAGUGCUUUUACCACCUUUUGUGCUUAUGCUUUAGACUCCAUAGAUGGGAAACACGCUCGAAGGACUCAGUCCAGUACUCCUCUGGGAGAACUAUUUGACCAUGGACUGGAUAGCUGGGCUACCUCCAUUUUUGUGCUUUCCUUUUUUUCUGUCUGUUCCCGUGACAAUGGGAAGACUGGAGUUUCUGUAUAUACAAUGUAUAUAUAUUUAAGCAUUGUCUUGUUUAACUUCAUGUGUUCACACUGGGAGAAAUAUAACACAGGAGUUCUUUUUCUUCCUUGGGGAUAUGAUAUAAGCCAAGUGGUAUUAAUAGCAGCAUAUCUGCUUACCAGUGCUGUUGGUGUGGAAGUCUGGCAGAAGCCUUUGCUGCUUGGUUAUUACAUUACAGACAUAUUAGUAAUCCUGCUUAUAGGCUUCAGUUUAUUUCUUUCAUUUCCACAAACACUAUACAAUAUUCACAGAGCACAUUUAAAGAAAACACUGAAGCAUGACUCUCUGUCUGAAGGACUCCUACCUCUUGUGUCACCUCUGUUGCUGUUCGUUCUUCUUACAGUCUGGGUGGUUUUAUCUCCAAGCAACAUAUUAGCAAAGCAACCAAGGCUGUUUUUAUGGAUGGUUGGAGUUGCUUUCUCAAAUGUUAUUUGCAAGGUGAUCAUCUGCCAGAUGAGCGGCACCCGGCCGGAGCUUUUCCACUGGUUCCUGUUGCCGCUGGCACUGGUGGUGUACGCAGCCAUCUCCGGGCUGCUGGGCUGGAUGGAAGAAGCUGUUCUUGCUGUGUUCACUGCCCUGGUCACGGCUGCCCACGUGCACUACGGGGUCUGCGUGGGUAGGCAGCUGAGUGAGCACUUGAACAUUUACAUCUUUUCCCUGAAGAAACGCAUCCAAGAGUGAACACCUGCACUAUGAUCAGACUGUAACACUUACGUGGAGAUCUGCAACUCUUCUGAUGUGAUAAACAGUUGGAAUUAAUCUGAUUAAAAUAACCAAAGAAUAGAACAGCACAGAUAUCUGAACCACUGCGACAAUGAGCUAUGCAGCAAGAUGCUUCAUCUCAGAGGAAGAUUCCUGUCCAGCAGAGAAGUGUUUACCAAGUUGUUCUGCUGCUAACAUUUUUUCUCUUCUAACACUAAUGCUGUGUUACUGGCCUCUCUGAAGCUUUUGUCUUCCUCCUCCUUGCCAUUUUGUCCAAAGUCCUGGAUAAAUUCAUGCCGGGUUACAAAAGCUUCUUGGUGGUUUAUAACCAGCACUGGUUUUGCCCAGCCUAGUCACCAGUGGGACCCCAGCAAUGCAAACACUCCCUGUAUGUCCUUCUCACUCAGACAUCUGUGCCUGCUUCAUUUUCCAUAUUUAUUUUCUCACAACUCAUUUCUUCCAUACAACCUCCUGAAAGGCUUAUGCACAUUCAGUCUUUUCCUCACCUCAAAUGAAUGUGUGAAGACAAGAGAAUGAGCUGAGAAAGCUAUGGGUAAAGUGUUUUUGAAAUGUACGGGUUUUUUCCCAUUCUCAGCAUUAAGAUGAGUCUCAGCUGACCUGUAUCUGUCAGAAAUGCAGGCUCUGUACAGCAGCAGCUGACCUUUAUAUUUAUUUCCUAGGCAGUAACAAGCACAUUGUUGAUAUUUCAGUAGCAAUGAGCAAUAUACUCUACAAAGGUAACCAGCUGAAAAUAAAUUUGGCCAGCAAACCUUCAAAGAUUCACACAUUUCACUGCAAAACUAGUUUAGGUCAAACAUUGUGUUUGAGUGCAAAAUGCAAAACAAACCAUUAUUUGCCUGUGUGCUUGAAGCAAAUUCUUGUGGGUUUAAAAAAAAAGACAAAAGAAAAAGAAACAAGAGUUUUUUUUUUUCAAAUGUUACACAUUUGCAUGCAGAUGUAAACUGCUCACUUCAUCUAUAAUACACGUAGGUUUUCUGCAUGCCUUAGAGGAAGGAGUAAGAAUUUGAGUUUCAUCUCUUUUCAUAUGCUGCCCUAGCCAGAGGGACUUUGUGAUCUUGAAGCACUAAUGAAACAAUCUGUCCAUUCCCCAAGGUAAGCAUGAGAUUACAUUUGUUGCACAAAGGGAUGUGAUUGACAGACUGGCAUAUUUAUUAACUAUUUUGCUUGCCAAAAGCCAGGUAAAAGCACAAUUGUUGAGCUGCUAAGGCUUAAGUUCACCUUUUUCAGUUCUUAGACCAUUUCUCUGGGUUUAUCACUAGCCUGAUCAUCCCCCCCCCAUUAACUUACCCUUAUAUCAGUAGCUCCUAUUAGUAUUUUCAGCUGAGCACUGACUAGUCAUAUGAACAGCUUCAAUUUAAGCUGGUGCUGCCUGUUACAGUAGUUGCCCUCCCACAACAUCAGCAGGUGAUUUCCCCUGGCAGCCCUUCCUGUGGUGCCAGGGGACAGGCCUGCACCAGCUUCCCCUCAUCACAAACCAGAAAUCCACGCCGACUGGGAAGGUUUCUUGUGAUUUGAAAGUAUGCAUGUUCCACCUACCAAAUGAGCAUGUUGAGGGUCCCACCCCAGAAAUGAACACGAGACUACAGUCACAGUUCAAGCAGCUUAAGGUUUGAGUUAGGCAGAGGGGACUGGGAUCCUGUUAAUGCAGAGUCAGAGGUUUUUCCAAGAGCCCUGCAGGGAAGGGAGGCUCCCAUGCCCUUUGGUACUACUGUGGUCCAGCUCCAAGGGACAUCUUCCAGCUUUCCUCCCCACUGGUGUGGUAGGCAUGCCCCUAUCCUGCAUGAUGCCCAGGGAGCGUGGGGUGUCCACCAAGGCACUCCCUAAGGACUCUCUCAGAAUAAGUCUGAAGGCUGGUUAUUUAAUGAAGUUUGCUAAAAAAGGCAGUUUGUGUUGAAGGGGAAUGACAAGUUUGAUGUUGUUGCAUGCACCCAGCAGUCUCAGUGUUUGAUGGAAUUAAAUACUACAUCCAAUACCAGAGACAUAAAAGUCUCACCUACUUUAUAAAGGAAGUUUAUAUUUCACCCUUCCAUCACAAGUGUCUGGAGGAAGUUCUGAUGAGAAAAGAAUUAGAAUACAAUAAACGAAAUUACCUCUAAAUUGGUUGUACUGGAGAAACUCUGUGGACAGACUUCUCUUUUAUGUCUGUCUUGCACUUAAUUAGGAAACAGCUGGAAAUAAGGGUCACAGAAGCAGCACUAUUUGAUGCACUGUAAUGGAGUAUUUUGAAAUAUUCAUUAAAUGAAAUUAUAAAACUUGAAAUACCACAACCUGCCUGCACUUGUACCUUUCUAAAGAGAAAUACAACGUCACUUUUUAAGGACA